CUUGCUGUGCUGUGCGGGGACUUGUGGCGGAGCUGGAGUUUGCUGGCCAGAGGCCCCGGUAGGAAAAUCUCCGGGCACGGAGGAAUUUCGGCGAUGCCUGCGCUUUCAGAUUUGUACACUUGACUGGUGCACUGUACUCCUCUGUUUCGAGCCUGAGUUCUGGUCGGGGAAAAUGGAUUUAAUAUGAGAGACCGAACGGGGCGAUUGGCGAGAACUAGAACGCCCUACAUUUGCAAAGUGCUUUGCACAAGGGAGCCCUGGAGGCUGAGUCUGGCAGGCAGAGCACAGACACUGUCUCCCUUGACCACUGACGGCAGUGAAGAUCCUGUGGCACUGACCCGCGGUGGGAUGCAGGCGCUCCACCUUCAGCACCGCAGUCCCAGAAGCUACAGGGUCAAGGCCAGGGCAUCCUAUGUGGACGAGACCCUGUUUGGCAGCCCUUCGGGAACCCGGCCCACCCCACCAGACUUUGACCCACCAUGGGUGCAGAACAGUAACGGGACAAGAGGAGUGGGCCCAGAACCACCGAAGGUUUCUCUGGUCAAGAGAGAUUGUGAGUCGACCCCCUCCAGGGGCAGCACCCCAAACCUCACACCAAGAAAGAAAAACAAAUACAGGUUGAUUGGCCACACCCCGUCCUACUGUGAUGAGUCACUGUUCGGCUCCCGGACACAGGACCCCAGCAAGGAGGGGUCUCGGACAGCCAUGGGAGAUGCUGCCAAGCUCAGGACCCUUUUCUGGACGCCACCACCCACUCCUAGAGACGGCCACUCACCUCGCUCCAGGGAGACCCCACUUCGAGCCAUUCACCCAGAUGGACCCUCCAGGACAGAACCCAGCAUGACCUCGGGCUCCCAGAAAACAUCCCAGGAGGGGUUGAAUGCUCCCCACUCUCUGGGGCGGAGGCGUUCCCAUUCACUCACCCACCUGAGUGUCCCUAGCAUGGGUCAUCCAGCUGCCAGUGUCCCCCAGACCAAUGGACCUUGGAGUCCCCGGUCUUCCACAUCAAGGAUGACUGUCCAGAGUCCCCUGGUUACUCCCAAGGCACGGUCAGGCAGUGUUUCAGGGUCAGCUGCCCCUCAACGAGGAGCUGCCCCUCCCAAGCCAAAGCCUCCUUGGAAAUGAGGCUCUCAGCAGGUAAGCCUUUGGCUCACAGCAAGGACUCAGCACAGGUGGGGCCCUCUGGGGACCAGUGUCUCCAGGGUCCCCAAGCACUGGAGAAGCCUCUGUGGGGCUCCAUGGUGAGGAUAGGCCAUACUUUCCUUUGUCCCCACAAGCUCCGGAUGUCCCUAACCCUCUCUGCAGGGUAUUUGGGGUCCUUGAGACAUCCUUCUGGCCAUUUCUCAGCCUCUUUGUUCAUGGGUGCCAAACCUCACCCAGCUUCCUGUUCAGGACUCAGUUUCUACAGGAGUCUGGGGGCCUUGAAGGACUUUCCCGGGCUGUGUGUGGACCCCAAGGGUGGAACAUGGGGAGACAGUAAUA